AACACAACAACAAUACCCUCCAUUGACCUUACCUUCCCAUCAGUCAUAACUAUUAGAUCAUCUGGGAACAUUAAAUGAGAUAGAACUAAAUUUAAACUACAAUAUAUCGAAUCCUUUCUGAUUUAUACAAUACGAUCAUAUAGCUUUCUUUGGUUCUGUGAUUUGAUUGACUAGUUAGGAAAUCUUUGGUUCAAAUCUCAACUGAAUUUUACACUUAACGGGUUAAAAACGGGUCGUGUCAGGUUGGUUCAGACAAGCGUCCGGGUCAGGUCUUACAUAUAUUAAGUUCUUACAAAGAGUUAUGAGAAGUCCUUUUCAACUUUUAUAUAUGGUAUGGGACCUAAAUAAAAAUUAAAUUUCUCUACCUUCUCAACAGAUAUCGCUAACUUAAGUACUCAUAAAGUCAAACAUUCCAGUAUCACAUUUACACCUAAAAUCUUCUCUUUUCCAGAUAAUUUCGGCUGUCUUCUAGAACAUCCAAAGUCCAAAACCAUCCCAAAUCCCAUUUAUUAUUUAUCAAGAAACAAAGUCACGGGUUGGUUAUAGAACACUAGCAAGAACUAAUCUGGUAGGUUGAAUUAUGGAGUCAUUGAAGAAGCUUAAGAAGAUGAAAGUCAACGCGUAGCCGAAGUUUUGGAUUAAACAAGUCAAAACAUCAUAAAACAUCUUUAAGCCGAAUUCGAACACUAAGACCUGGUCAGACGUCCGCAUUAUGUAAAUGACAACACUGCCCUCAUCUAAAUUCGCGUCAAAGCGGAGUAAGUGGAGGUCGUUUUCGUCAAAGCAGCCACGCUUCUGACUCUUGUUUUUACGAAAAAGAGAAAUAAAUAUAAAAACAAAAUGUGUAAAAUCAUGAAAUGGGUUGUCAUGAUCAUGUUCAUCGAAUCGAAUCAAUCAACACAUUUCCUUGUUCGUUGUCAAAAUUCAAAUAAUUAAACACAUCUAAGCUCCGCCGCGAUGUCUUUCCUAUUCCGUAAGAACGGAAGCAGUUCAGGGAGGCGGAUCAAAGACAAACUUCGAGGUCGGAACUCGGAUCGCGGGAAGAGAGAAGACGAGGAGAGAGUAAGAUAUGAGGGCGCGUUACCUCCGUGGGGUAUUCUAUUCGCGGAGGAUUUCGUUCGAGUGGACGGAAAUGUGAAAGCGGUUAUAGUAGAUGAAGAAGGACUGGAUGUGAUUUACUGGAAAAAGCUUCUUGAGAUUGAAAAAGAAGAAGGAAUCUACAGAGGAUCGGGCAGUCAUCAUGAAGAGGCGUUUUCGUUUCAUGUGAAGAACUCUCAAUCUUAUUCAGGUGGUGAAGUUAGAGAUGAGAGUAAUAACAACAACAACACUAGUGUGGAUGGAGAGAGAUAUUACGGAAAACAAUCCCAGUCCAAGUUUCAAGCUCCUGGCGGCGGCAGUGGUGGUGGCGGUCCUUAUCCGCCACUUCCGCUUCCUCCAGGUCUAUUAGCGGCCUCCUCCUCUACAUCGUCAUCGCCUCUUACAGUUAACCAAACGUCACCACCAUCUGCUGGGGCGCCUCCUCCGCAAUUAGCUGGGGCGCCUCCUCCGCAAUUAGCUGGGGCACCUCCACUGCCUAUUCCGGCUAAAAAAGCACCUCCUCCACCUUCUCCUCCGGGAAAGAAGGCACCUGGUCGGCCGCCACCGCCUCCAAUGUCCAAAAGUGGGCCACCUAAACGACCAGGAAAUGGGAAAGGACCGACCAAGGCAGCUGAGAGUUCUUCAGCGCAGCCAAAGCUCAAGCCUUUACAUUGGGAUAAGGUUAAUCCUGAUGCUAGCCACUCAAUGGUGUGGCAUAGGAUCGAUGGUGGCUCCUUCAACUUUGAUGGUGAUCUCAUGGAGGCUCUGUUUGGAUACGUUGGCGCUCGAAAGCCAAGUGAAGCUAACACUGUACCGCAUCAACCCACUGUUUCAACCACGCAGACUUACAUUCUCGAUCCUCGGAAAUCUCAGAACAAAGCAAUUGUGCUUAAAUCUUUGGGAAUGACUAAGGAGGAGAUCAUUGACUUGUUAACACAAGGCCAUGAUCCUGAUUCUGAUACACUUGAGAAGCUUUCUGGUAUAGCUCCAACGCCAGAAGAACAGACCGAGAUCACAGAGUUCAAUGGCGACCCAACCAAACUUGCUGAUGCAGAAUCUCUACUGUUUCACAUCUUACGAGCAGUUCCUUCAGCUUUUUAUCGGUUCAACGUUAUGCUCUUCAAGAUCAACUACGGCUCAGAGGUUGCUCAGCAAAAGGCUUCUUUACAGACGCUUGAAUCCGCAUGCAACGAGCUCCGUGCUCGUGGUCUGUUCAUGAAACUUCUAGAGGCAAUCUUGAAAGCAGGUAACAGAAUGAACGCUGGAACUGCUCGUGGGAAUGCUCAGGCUUUUAAUCUGACAGCUCUAAGAAAACUCUCUGAUGUGAAGAGUGUUGAUGGGAAAACUACUUUGCUUCACUUUGUUGUUGAAGAAGUUGUAAGAUCUGAGGGAAAACGAGCUGCCAUGAAUAAGAUCUCAGGUGGUGGUAUUGCAGAUGCAUCUAGAGAAGAACAAGAGAUUGAAUUCAUAAAGCUAGGCUUACCCAUUAUUGGUGGCCUAAGUUCAGAGUUCACCAAUGUGAAGAAAGCAGCAGGAGUCGAUUAUGACUCUUUUAUAGCCACCACCUUGGCUUUAGGGACCCGGUUGAAAGAAACAAAAAGGCUAUUAGAACAAAGCAAAGGGAAAGAAGAUGGGUGUUUGACUAAGCUGACAUCUUUCUUUGAAUCCGCAGAGGAAGAACUGAGAGUUAUUACAGAGGAACAGCUCAGGAUCAUGGACUUGGUGAAGAAAACCACUAAUUAUUACCAAGCUGGAGCAUUGAAAGAGAGGAACCUGUUUCAGCUGUUUGUUAUAAUCCGUGAUUUCUUAGGGAUGGUUGAUAAUGCUUGUAGUGAGAUCGCGAGGACUCAACGGAAGCAGAGACCAGCAGCCACGGUAGCAGCAGGAGCAUCAACGUCGACAGCAGCAACACCGACCGCCCCUGCACCGCAGAGAAACGCGGUUAGGUUUCCGAUUCUGCCCCCAAAUUUCAUGUCAGAGCAUUCAAGAUUCUUUAGGUUAUUUGGAAGUGGCUUUAGGUUAUGGACUAUCAACCUAACAUCAACCAGGAUCUACUCAAUCCUAGAUCCACAUUCAACAAUAUAGAAGAGCAUGAAAGAGAUCUGGGUAGAACACCUCACCUUAGCCUAGAUCCGGAUCUGGAUCUGAGAAUAGAGGGUAAGAGAAACGGGAUCUGAGGUCUAUGACACCACGCGGCCACCACCACCACUCGCGGCUGUUCCCGGCGAGGAGAGAGAGACGCGGCCGAGAGAGAGAGAAGGAGGCGCGGCGAGGAGAGAGAGAGAGGAGAGACGCGGCGAAGAGAGAGAGAAGGAGGAGAGAGACGGCGCGGGGGGGGGAGAGAGAGAGAGGCGGCUAGGGCUUCUGAUCUCCGGGAGUUCUCUGCAGGGCUUCGCUUCCAAGUUUCUGAUGAGGAACUAAAGGGUGGAGGCUUGCUUUUAUAAGGUGAGGAAAAAGGGAAAACCCUAGGGUUUUCUAGUUGGGCUGUAGAGAGCCCAUUAGCUUCUAAAAAUUUUAAUUGGGCUGGUUUUGGGGUGUUACAUUUAUUCUCUCAAUUGGAUCUCGUUCCUGGCUCAUAUAAUAGCAAAUAAAUGUUUCGAGAUUCACAAUAA